AUGAAUCUAAGAGGGAGACAAGUAGAGAUAAGUGACCCAAUGUGCCCGUUAUGCAACAAUUCGGAGGAGGUUGCAGCACACCUUUUCUUCAAUUGCAGUAAGGUCUUCCCCUUGUGGUGGGAGUCACUCUCAUGGGUUAAUUCAGUGGGUGCUUUCUCGAAAGAACAGAAAGAUCAUUUCAUGCAGCAUAGCAGAAGGAAUGCUACACAAACAAAAGAUAUAAGAUGGAGCUAUUGGUGGAUAGCCCUCACAAGGACCAUAUGGAAACAUAGAAAUAAGGUGGUCUUUGAUAACCAAACUUUUAAUGCAAGCAAGCUGAUGGAUGAAGCACUUCUUCUAGUCUGGUCCUGGCUUAAAGCUAUGGAGAAAGAUUUCGAUACACAUUUUAAUCAGUGGUCUUCCAAUUUGACAGAUGCCUUUGUGUAA